AUAUCUUACAUACAUACCUAUAAAUUAUUUAGAGAUCCAAAAAAUACAGAAUUUACUGCCUGCCUACUUCGUGGAAAAAGCAAUGAGUUUUAUCCGUAUAGAGGAAUAACUGGUUUUUUCAACCAUAAAUAAUUAAAAGGGAGCAUUUAAAGAAGUUGAAAGUUAAACAGUAAUAUUAACUAAAUAUCUCAUAAAUUACUCCAUUAGAAAAAUUUCAAAAGAAAAAUGAAAUUGACACAAAUUUAGGUAUCUGACCAAUAUUAUAUACCUAGGUAUUGCAUUUUAUAUGUAUUUGUAUUGUAUUUUAUAUAUUCGAUAUAUGUCAGUAUUUUUGUAAUCAUAUCAUGAAAAAUAAAAAUCGAUAAAUAAAUCAAAUAAUUCUAUACGACCCUGAUGGUUUCAUAUGGUAAUUCCAUCUCAUCUUUAUACAGAGGGUUAAAUAUUUAUGAGCCAAUAAUCGAGUUCAAACAUUUUUAUUUCUACCUUUUCAGUCUAUUUUAAGAUGUGCUGAUUUAGUGAAGCUUUUUUAAAACUUUUUAACAUGAAAUUUCAGUAUUUUGUUGUCAUAAUUAUAGUCCUACAGUGCCUAAAUUUAAUUCAAGAAUAUGGCUCAGGACUUGCCAAAUCCUGUUUUAAUUGUUUUCAAAACAGCCCUGUAGGUAGUACAUUUAUUAUAAUGUUUGCUUAAUAAUUAGUAAACUGCCUAUUUGAAAAAAUAAUUUGUGCAAAGAUGUUCAAAUUUUUGUGAUAAUUUUUAGACAAAAAGAUGCGAGACACCGCUAUGUUCUAAUAUAGGGAAUUGCCUUAAAAACAGUGAUUUGAAAACUCAAGAUGAAAACUUAGCAUUUUCAAUGUUAUGCAGAGAAAGCAACUAUAUGGUUUUUACAUGGAACAGAAUAAAGAACAAUGACACAUACUAUUUUUUAAAGUACCAAAACAUUGAAUUAAAAAAUCAUUUAUUUAGUAAAAAGACGACUUGCAAUAAAAUGCUUAUUAACAACUUAACACAAAAUCAAACAUAUGAUUUUCAAUUAUUUGGUAUAUCCUCGGCUUCAAAAACCAUAUUUAAGACGAAAAAGAUACUAGAACGUACAGUCAGCUUUAAAGAAGGAAAAACUGCUGUGAAAAAUUUAACGUAUUCUCUAAAAUAUGUGGGGGAUAUGAAAAAUGAAAUAGCUGUGAAAUGGAAAAUGGGAGAAGAUCGCUCAUGUUACUACCAAAUUGUGUUCUCAUAUAAAGAUAUAAACGAGGGAGGCGACACGACGGUGCUAGAAGUUAAUUUGGAAAAGACUCGGAAAACCGAAUAUAUUUUUAAAAAUCUUGAUUUCGAUAAAACUUACGAGGUGUCUGUCGCAUCUUUCACUCCUUACAGAAACCAAAUGGAGAGUUCCAAGGAAUUUUUGUAUAUUAGGAUACCCACUUGUUCUGAAACACUUCGAAACUUGACUGUUUGUGUACCGGAUCCACCUGAGAACUUAACACUAACCGAGAUUGAGAGCAGCAAUAGUACUGGUAGAAAUUACUCAUCUGAUUUAAAAGUAAGCUGGGCCAAGCCAAGAUUACUACCAGAUUACUAUUUGCUAACUUAUAUUUUGCCCGAUCAAGAGGGAGGUUAUUUCACUAAGCAUGAGAACUGUUCCGGGAAAGAUAACGCUUACACUUUUGAAGACGUCAAGGCAACAGAAUGCUUGAUCCAAAUAAUUGCACAUUCGAAAGUUGGAAAUAGUAAACCAGUUUGGAAAAAGUGCAGUGAAAAAACUGCAAAUGUACAGCCCAUUAUUACCGAUAAAGUAAAAUGGAUUUGGAUUUUUGUUAUAGUAAGCCUGUCUUCCUUAAUGUUGUUUAUGUUGAUUAAAUUCAACAGGAUCUUUUUUAAAUGUUCUUCUAUCAAAACGAAACAAGAUAAUUCCGACACUUCUACUAACGACAAAAUAUGGGAGGAAUCAGACAAAAACAAUGAGGAGGAUAAAUCCAAAUGGGAGUUAAUAGAAUCCAAGUUGAUUGUCGAUAAAAUAAUUGGAAGUGGGGCAUUUGGUCUCGUACAAAAAGGAUUUUAUCAUUCGGAAGCCGAUAGUGUCAGAAUCCCAGUAGCUGUGAAAACUUUAAAGGCGAGGCCUACUUCGGAACAAAUAGCUCAAUUUUAUGCAGAAAUAGAAAUUAUGAAGUCGGUUCCAAAACAUGCUCAUAUUGUUUAUUUGAUUGGAAUAGUCACCAAAAACCGAGUGAAUAAUCCUUUGAUGUUGGUGGAAUAUUGUUCCAAAGGAGAUCUUUUGAGUUUCUUAAGGGAUAUUGGUAAAAGUAUUGUCAACAGGCAAGAACUACUAAUACAAACCCAAUACAAAAAUAUUCUACCUAAAGAUAGUAUGCAAGUUUUCAACAUAAAUUAUAAUAACAUAGAAGUUGGCGGAAAUGGAUGUUUGCAGCCAAAAGAUUUACUGUCAUUUGCUAGACAAAUUACAGUAGGAAUGGAGUUUCUGUCCAAUUUGAAAAUAGUCCAUCGCGACUUAGCCGCAAGAAACAUUUUAAUAACGGACGAUAAUAUUUUGAAAAUAUCUGAUUUUGGACUUAGCAGGGAUGUAUACGUGGACGAUAUAUAUAGAAAAGUUACUGGAGGUAAAUUGCCCUUUAAAUGGAUGGCUCUUGAAUCCCUUACACACCAAAUUUAUACCACCGAAAGUGACGUAUGGUCAUUUGGAAUAGUUUUAUGGGAAAUAAUUACUCUCGGUGGUAAUCCUUAUCCCAUAGUUAAGCCGGAAAACUUGGUUGCAGCCUUAAAGGACGGAUAUAGAAUGGAAAAACCUUCAAAUUGUAGCGAUGAACUAUACGAAGUAAUGUGUCUCUGUUGGCAAGCAUCACCAAAUCUAAGACCCAGUUUCAAAGAUUUAAGAUUAAUAUUUGAGAAGAUUUUGGAAUCUGAAAUGCAAUAUGUUUCAUUCGAUGGUACCAACCAAUAUCGAAAUGACGUUAUCGUUAAAAAGGAGGAUAAUAUUGUUGAUAAACAUUAUAAAAAUGUUUUAUAAUAUUCUAUUUAUUAUAACACGAUGCACAGUAAGAUAAUUAAAACUGAUCCUUCGAGAGUAAGUCAGUAAUUUGUUGUAUCAAAAUUAUAAUAAUUAAAACUA